CGAUCCGCGUGCGCGAUCUCGCACCGUCUCCCUCUCCCCGUGUUAGCAACGGUAGAUAGAGGAGUAUGGGCGUGCUCUUACUCUAUCCUCGCCCUUUCCCCCCGAAACUCUCUUCGUCUCCCUCUCGCCGCAAAAACCCACGAAGCUCCGACCCCCUCCUCGCUCGGAGGAGAAACCCUAGCGGAGCUCGCUGCUUCUCCGCCGCCGGAGCCACGGACGAUGGGUUCGUCGUCGUCGAGGACGAUCUCCACGCGCUCCUCGAGAUUUUGCCUGGAGAUUUGAGAGAGAACCUGCGGAAUGAACCUAGAAGGUCUCAACUCUUGGAGGUAGUUCUGGAUUUGGGUCGUCGACCUGAAGCGCGUUUCCUCAGUGAAUCUGGUGGCCAGUAUUUAAGGAAUACAGAGAUUUCGGUUGAAGAGUUGGAGGAAGCUCAGAAAGCGGUAGGAGAGUUUGGAGGAGACAACAGAGCAGGAAUUGAAGGCACUUUACACAGAAUAUCUGCAAUAAGGAGCAGGAAAGGGAUAGUGGUUGGUUUAACAUGUCGAGUGGGUCGAGCGGUUACAGGCCACGUCGGCAUGGUCGAAGAUCUCCUUCAAUACAAAGAAAGCAUCCUCUUUUUGGGAAGGCCAGGGGUGGGCAAGACAACUGUCAUGCGUGAAAUUGCACGUGUUUUGGCCGAUGAACUACACAAGAGAGUGGUAAUUGUGGACACCAGCAAUGAGAUCGGUGGGGAUGGGGAUAUUCCUCAUGCAGCUAUUGGAGGUGCAAGAAGAAUGCAAGUUCCGGAACCAUCCAUGCAGCACAAAGUAAUGAUUGAAGCUGUUGAAAACCAUAUGCCUGAAGUGGUUAUUGUAGAUGAGAUUGGAACCGAAGCUGAGGCAAUGGCUUGUCGGUCCAUUGCGGAAAGGGGAGUGAUGCUUAUUGGUACCGCCCAUGGGGAAAGACUGGCGAACAUUAUAAAGAAUCCCACUCUAUCCGAUUUGGUUGGUGGAGUGGAAACUGUUACUUUAGGUGAUGAUGAGGCUCGAGCGAGACGUAGCCAAAAGAGCAUCCUUGAGAGGAAAGCUCCUCCUACAUUCCCUUUCCUUAUUGAGAUGAGGGAACGGAACUACUGGGUAACUCAUCGGACAGAAAGGAGUGUUGAUAUGUUGCUUCAUGGUAAGAAGCCAUUGGUCGAGGUAAUAUUAGGAAGAGGGAUAAUCAGUUCAAGGUUGUGAUUGAAAGAUGGAAAACAUACGAUGGAGAUGGAAUCUAAAUAGCCAAUGCGCAUAAAAUUAAGACAAAUGUGGCCCACAUGGAAAAGAGAAGGGGACAAUGCCCGCUCGGUGGUCCAAAACGGUUCGAUCUUUCUUGCCAACUUCCCAAAUUGCUGCUUUACACGUGAAAGCAAAUCAGGGAAACUAUGGAGGGAAUGUGGAAAGCUCAAUAUACUAGCAGAUUUAUGCAUUUCAAGUUAUUCUUUGACACAUCCUGCUAGAAUUGCAUGUUAUAAAGCUUAAAGCGACCAAAGCUGAAAAAGUAGUCACCCCUUAUGAGAAAUGUUGAUAAACUGCUGGGGUUGAUAGAUGAUAAUAAUUCGAAUUGCCCAAUUGAAUAUAUAGUCACCCUCGCAAAUUUCUACUUGCAGGGGCCUAUAA